GCCGCCCGCGCGCCGCCCCGGCCUCUCUAGCCGGCGGGCGGGCGGGACCAUAGAGAGCCCGCGGCACCGCCCCCUCCACGGCCCGAGCGCCCGCUCGCGCGGCUCCCACAAUGCACCGCACAAUGGCCCGACCGCCGCCACUACCGGGGCCUGAGCGGGCCUGGCGGAGCCCGAGCGCGGCCCGGCCCGCGGCGCGGGGCCCCGAGCGCGGUGAAGAGAUUGUUUUCUGAAGGCUGCUGCGUUGGAGGCUGUGACAGAGCAGAGAGCCCGUGUGGAGCUGAUGGGGAGGCUUUCUGAAUAACAUGGCCCUUCGCCAUUAGUCUUGCCAUGACCACAUUUUUCACCAGCGUCCCCCCCUGGAUUCAAGAUGCAAAGCAGGAGGAGGAAGUGGGCUGGAAACUAGUUCCCAGGCCUCGGGGCCGGGAGACGGAGAGUCAAGUGAAGUGCCAAUGCGAAAUCUCGGGGACACCCUUCUCGAAUGGGGAGAAGCUGAGGCCUCACAGCCUCCCCCAUCCAGAGCAGAGACCGUAUAGCUGCCCUCAGCUGCACUGUGGCAAGGCUUUUGCCUCCAAGUACAAGCUGUAUAGGCACAUGGCCACCCACUCAGCCCAGAAACCCCACCAGUGUAUGUACUGUGAUAAGAUGUUUCACCGCAAGGACCAUCUGCGGAACCACCUGCAGACCCAUGACCCCAACAAAGAGGCCCUUCACUGUUCUGAGUGCGGUAAGAAUUACAAUACGAAGCUAGGCUACCGGCGCCACCUGGCUAUGCAUGCCGCCAGCAGCGGUGACCUCAGCUGCAAGGUGUGCCUGCAGACCUUUGAGAGUACCCAGGCCCUGCUAGAGCACCUGAAGGCCCACUCACGCCGAGUAGCAGGUGGUGCCAAGGAGAAGAAGCACCCCUGUGACCACUGUGACCGGCGGUUCUAUACUCGUAAGGAUGUGCGGCGGCACCUGGUGGUGCACACAGGCCGGAAGGACUUCCUGUGCCAGUACUGUGCCCAGCGGUUUGGCCGCAAGGACCACCUGACACGUCAUGUCAAGAAGAGCCACUCGCAGGAGUUGCUCAAAAUCAAGACAGAGCCAGUGGACAUGUUAGGCCUCCUCAGCUGCAGCUCCACAGUCAGUGUGAAGGAAGAGCUGAGCCCUGUGCUAUGCAUGGCCUCUCGGGACGUGAUGGGGGCCAAGGCCUUCCCUGGCAUGUUGCCCAUGGGCAUGUAUGGCGCCCACAUCCCUACCAUGCCCAGCACGGGCAUGCCACACUCCCUGGUGCACAACACGCUGCCCAUGGGUAUGAGCUACCCCCUGGAAUCCUCACCUAUCUCUUCCCCAGCUCAGCUUCCUCCAAAAUACCAGCUUGGAUCUACCUCAUACUUGCCCGACAAAUUGCCCAAAGUGGAGGUGGAUAGUUUUCUGGCGGAGCUUCCUGGAAGCCUGUCUCUCUCGUCCGCUGAACCCCAGCCCGCCUCACCUCAGCCGGCGGCAGCUGCGGCCCUCCUAGAUGAAGCACUGCUCACCAAGAGCCCCGCCAACCUCUCUGAGGCCCUCUGCGCUGCUAAUGUGGACUUCUCCCACUUACUGGGCUUUCUUCCACUCAACCUACCCCCGUGUAACCCACCCGGGGCCACCGGAGGCCUGGUCAUGGGCUACUCCCAGGCCGAGGCACAGCCCUUACUCACCACUUUGCAAGCUCAGCCUCAAGAUUCCCCGGGAGCUGGCGGACCACUGAACUUUGGACCUCUGCACUCCUUGCCUCCUGUCUUCACCUCUGGCCUAAGCACCACCACCCUGCCUCGUUUCCACCAGGCAUUCCAGUAGCCCCCAAGGAGGCCCUCAGCCCAGUCUUAGGCUCUGUCAGGGAGCCUCUGUACCCACCCCAUCUGCAUCUCCCAUGAAGGCAGCUGAGCUUUCAGAGCUGGGUUCAAAAAGAAAAAAAUUCCAGUAUCUGUAUGGAGCACUUGGUUUGGGGGCUCAAGCUCCAGGAUCAGUUCUGGGAGGAGCCUUGAGCCCCAACCCCAUGAAAAGAUCUCAUACCAUAGAACUUCAGGUAUUUUUACUUUUACUUUUUUUGAUCUGAAUCGGGAGCCACACUUCGCCCUCUCCCUCUCCAAAGUGUCAGAACCUCCUCCUCUUUGGAGAAGGGGGAGGCCUCUUGGAGACACAAAGGGUUUCACUUUGGAUGACCUCGAGAGAAAUAGCCCAAGAAGCCCGCCUUCUGGUCCCAACCUGCAGACCCCACGGCAGUUGGUCAGGCCCUGCUGCAAAGGGUCACUUGGCUCCGUCGCCUGCUUCCCACCAAUAGGCAGGAGAGAGGGCCUCUGUCCUGCCCACCAGCCCCGUCCCUCCUGUAGCAGCACCUCCAUUUCCAGUCAGUGUUGUCCAGCAACGGUACCGUUUACACAGUCGCCUCAGACACACCAUUUCACCUCCCUUGCCAAGCUGUUAGCCUUAGAAUGAUUGCAGUGAACAUUGUUUACACGCCGUGAAUUCAUUCCCACCAGUCCAGUCCAGUUGGCACCAGCCGGAACCAUUUGGUACCCGGUGUUAACUGGAGCCCUGUUUACAAGGCGGAGUCGGGUCUCACUGACUUCUCUUCACUUGAGGUCACAUUUUUCCCCUGUGGGGAAAUAAACUGACUUUGGACUGCUUCAGUCUCUGCCAUCUUCCAUGACUGUCUGUUCCUGCCUUCCUCGGCAGUGUCUGCGAGACAGGCAAGAAGAUUGGAGCAGGUUUCUCACAGGUCUGCAAUUCUGUUUUUCUCCAAGUACAUCAUGAGCCCUCCUCCUCCUCUUGAACAGGAGAGGGCAAGAAAUGAAAGGCAUGCCCGCUUCUAUCGCCCCCAUUCCCCAGCCCCCACCCCAAACAUCAUGAGCUGUUAAUCUUAGUCUUGGAAGGAGGGACUCGGGUUCUAAGCUGGUUGGCUAGCAAAGGAGAGGGUAUGAACCCCUGAUGUGUCUCUCCUGCUUGUCCCUUUUCCAGGAAGUUGUGGAAUUGUUGCAAGAACAGUCUUCAGGAAGUUAGGGCUGGGCAGAUAGUUGAGUCCUAACCUGUGGGUACGUCAUUGGCUCCCAUACCAACCUUUGUUCUUAUCCACAGUCUCCCCACUCCUCUACUUUGCAGUUACAGUGGACUCAGGGCCACUGUGCAUAGGCCUGUCUGCUCCCCAUCAAAGUAAUCCCACCUUCCUCUUGUGGCUCCCCCUCAAUUUGCCCCCAAUACUUAGCAGGGUUUCUCGCAACAGAUGACUCACUCUUCUGGCUUGUGGGGCUCCCUGCCACAGAAAGCACAGCCCUUGCCCAGCCGAACCCCAUCCCUGCUUCAUUUCUCAGUUCCGCACGGGCUUUACUCUCACCACUCACAGAAGGGAGGCAGCUCAGGGACCACCAAUUUGGGACCCUCAUGAGACACCUCCAGUCUGAUUCAGAAACACACUUCUACCUCUUUACUGUUAACUUCUACACAUGCAGCCAGUAGUUUCUGGGCACUUUUCUCAACGGUGCCUCAUGCUGGCUUUUCCACUAGGGUUUCAGGACAAACUACCAAGGAACUGCCUCGGCCUCCGCCCAGUCCUCACACCCCCUCUUUCCUUCUAGACAUCACUUUGCUUUAUCAUCAGGAACUGAGCAGGUCCAAGACCCAGGCUUUUGCUUCAGCCCAGGCCAGUAUUCUUUGAGGUGCAAGCCUUAAAAUGUAGCUCCCUGGCCCUCGAUUGGAAGCAAUGUGGAGUGAAUAAGCAUGUUUUGAUUUAGGCAGGGUAGCUUGGGAUACUUUUGAAAAAACAAACCAGAUAUAAAAAUGUCUGGCAAGGUUAGGAUCAGACUAGGUGAUUUGCUUCUAAAAAUUCGUUUCAGUGAGUCCCAGGGACUAAUUAAGGUUUAUUUUUAAAAGCGUCCACCUUGGUACGCAGCCACCUCCUGCAUGCUGUGCAUGUUAUUGGGACUCGUAUUAUAGGAAAUGGUACGUGAGGAUCCAAGCAGGACUCAGUGCUGCCAUUCUCCUUAUUGUCUCUGGUCUUCAUCACUAGACCCAGCAACCCUUCAUCCGCUCCCUGCCACCUUCCAUGCACACCUCAUUUAUAGAGGCAAGUGGGCCUCUGGCCAUGGAGUAUAAAAUCUCAGGCUUAAAGAGUCCACUCUUCCCUGCCUGUCCUUUCCUGUCCCUUCCUUGAAUUCUCUCCCCCAUUAGUGAUGCUGGGAAACUCCUAGAACAGGCAGAGCAACUAUUUAAAGCCUUGUAAGUGGGGCCUUGCCCCUUCUCCCCUCUCCUUCCAUCCUGUUUCUCCUUUACUCUUCCGUCAGUACUCUCACCCCACACAAGGAAUUUCCCUAUCACUGUGAACUUUGCUGGUACAGAGGAACAUCUGCCUUCACCUUUUUUUGGACCAUAGCCACCCAGCUGUUUCUUAAACUUCCCUUCCCAAAAUUAAAAAAAAAAAAAAAAAAAAAAAAAAAAAAAAAAGCCUUAUUGGCCUGGUUGUUCAAAGGAUAAGAAUAGCUUUAUCCUACGUUCAGUACCAAACCCACUUCAGUACCUUUACUGAGGCCAUGAGAGCCUGAGGGGUGUCUGCCCACAACAGGAGCUAUGGCAUGUGGCAGAGACCAAACAGGGACCAGGAAAAAGGGGUAAUGACCCCUUUCCCCACCACCUCCAACCUCUGUCAGCGAUGAGUUGCCUUGAACAGGGGGCAGGCACCUCGCAUCCUGCACACAGCUGGUCAAGGUUGAGUGCAGUCCUGGGGGCCAGGGGAUGACCUACCCAGCUGUGUCAGCUCAGGAUCUGUGCACAUCUUUUAAAGAGGGAAGAGGUGGGAAAAGGAGCACCAAUGAGUUUCCCCCCAACCUUAUACAAAUGGCAUUUAAUGGAAAUCCGGGAAGCAGGUGUGAUUACUUUUUUGCUCGUAGAUAUUGUCCUAAGUUGAAAUUUUUCCACUGCCCUAAACUUCUCCUAGUAGUCUGAAUCCUUGCCCCCCCCCCUUUCUUUUUGGUAGCUGUUUUCCCCAUUCCCUCUACCUUCCCUCUUAUCUAGGAGCUGUCUUUAAGCACGAUUUUUUUUAACAGUUUAUAUUGUACAGGAUCAAUAUUUUGCUUUUUAACAAGGAUAUUUAUGUAAUAAGAAACUUUGCCUUAGGCAGGUGUUGGCCAGAAAAGUCCAGAUUCCUCUGGGACCUCACCCUGGCCUCUCCUGGAGCUCUGAACCUGCUGUGGAAGGAAUUGGCUAUGACCUUCACCACUGGAGAGGAGGGUCUGUGGCAAGGGAAGGGGUGUCCCGGUUCUAACAGGAGAAGGAUUCACCGUGAUAAUUUAGUGCUUCUGUGGAGGGGUCUGGAAGAAGUAUCCCAGCCCAGUUUCUUCAGAUGCAAGCUCACUUCCAUAGCUGCCCCUCUCCACCUCUAAAUAUUUGGCACUAGAACUCCUGAGACACCACUUCUCAUUUGCCUCCCUCCCUCCUGGUGAUCAAGGCUUUGGGGCCACUCUUUCGUAAUGCCAGAUUAUUUAAAGAGAGAAAAAUACAAGACAAAAACCUUCUAGCACUUUGUAAACACAGUGAAUAACCUCUUGGAGUAUUUUUGGCUUUAUAUAAAACAAGGUUUUUAAUUGUAAAAUAUAAGUGCCAUUAGAAAAUGCACAGGGCGUAUCUUUGUUAAAGUAGAUUUUUCAAUGUUUUACAGAAUUACAUUUUCAAAAAAAGUUUUUAUAAUGAAGUUGUUUAUUAAAAACUUCUGAAUGAUG